GGCCUUGUACUCACAGAUAUCCACCUGCCUCUGCUGCUUGAGUGCUGGGAUUAAAGAAUUAAAGAGAUCCCUGUAUGCCCUGUUUUCUCAGUUUGGACAUGUGGUAGACAUUGUGGCUCUAAAGACCAUGAAGAUGAGAGGGCAGGCUUUUGUUAUAUUUAAGGAACUGGGCUCAUCCACAAACGCUUUGAGACAGUUACAAGGAUUUCCAUUUUAUGGUAAACCAAUGGUGAGCGGAACACCAAAUUCAGCUAAUACCCAAGGAAACUCAACACCAAACCCUCAGGUCCCCGAUUACCCUCCAAACUAUAUUUUGUUCCUUAAUAACUUACCAGAAGAGACUAAUGAGAUGAUGUUGUCCAUGCUGUUUAAUCAGUUCCCUGGUUUCAAAGAAGUUCGUUUGGUACCUGGGAGGCAUGACAUUGCAUUUGUAGAAUUUGAAAACGAUGGGCAGGCUGGAGCUGCCAGAGAUGCUUUGCAAGGGUUUAAGAUCACACCAUCCCAUGCCAUGAAGAUCACCUAUGCCAAGAAAUAACAUUUGGGGUAGCCCUUUUUAAGAGACUUGGUGUUAUUUAUCGUGUUUGUUUUGACAUGUGGUCAUGUUAUUUUAAUGGCUGAAGGUGGGAAAGUGAAGGUGAAGUUUGGGGGAAGGAUGGUUUGGUCUUUGUUGAGCUUUGGUGAACUAUAAAAUAUGAAGCCUUAGUUUUGUACAAUAAACUUUUAUUUGUAUUCUGUA